AUGUUCAUAGCGACAGCUAUUGGCUGGUCGAAAUCUGGGGCUACUGCUAUUACUGCUUUGAGGUGGUAUGCAGUCCGUGUUAUGACAGUGAAAGCGCAGCAUAAUUCACAGCUAAAACCUUUAUAUUUGGAUAUGCAAGCAACUACACCGAUGGACCCACGUGUGGUGGAUGCCAUGAUACCAUAUAUGGUAAAUGCCUAUGGUAAUCCUCACAGUAAAACUCAUUUUUAUGGCUGGGAAGCUGAAAAAGCAGUUGAAAAAGCUCGCUUACAGGUGGCGAAAUUGAUUGGAGCAGAUUCACGUGAAGUUAUUUUCACGUCUGGUGCUACAGAAUCGAAUAAUAUCGCCAUUAAAGGAGUAGCCAAUUUUUACAAAGAAACUGGAAAGAAUCACUUGAUCACAGUGCAGACGGAAUUAGAAAAUGCAAUUACAAAUGAAACUAUCCUUGUGUCUGUUAUGGUUCUGAAUAAUGAAAUUGGUGUCAUACAGCCUACCAAAGAAAUCGGGAAAAUAUGUCGAGAAAGGAACGUGUUUUUCCAUUGCGACGCAGCGCAAGCUGUUGGGAAAAUAUCGAUAGAUGUUAACGAUAUGAACAUUGAUCUAAUGUCUAUUAGUGGCCAUAAAAUUUAUGGACCAAAAGGUAUUGGAGCAAUUUAUGUUCGUCGGAGGCCUCGUGUUCGAUUGGAAGCACAAAUGUCAGGGGGUGGACAAGAGAGGGGCAUGCGGUCAGGAACUCUCCCAACACCUCUCGUUGUUGGCUUUGGCAAAGCUUGUGCAAUCGCAGCAGAAGAAAUGGAAAUGGAUAAAAAACAUAUCGAACGACUAUCGAAGCGAUUAUUGGAUCGUGUAAAUUCUAAGCUGAGUCAUGUUGUGCGAAAUGGUGAUCCAGAACAGACUUAUCAAGGCUGCCUGAAUCUUUCAUUUUCUUGCGUUGAAGGUGAAAGCUUGCUGAUGGCAUUGAAAAAUGUGGCAUUGUCUUCAGGUAGCGCAUGUACCAGUGAAUCGCUUGAACCUUCAUAUGUUCUUCGGGCUAUAGGAUCAGAAGAAGAUUUGGCUCAUUCCAGUAUUAGAUUCGGGAUUGGAAGGUUCUCCACGGAAGAGGAAGUUGAUUAUACGGCUGAUCUUUGUAUCAAAGAAGUGGAACGACUAAGAGAAAUGAGCCCAUUAUGGGAAAUGAUCCAGGAAGGCACUGAUCUGAAAAGUAUAGAAUGGAGCCAGCGUUAA